AUGGCACGAGAUGAUGUCGAGUUGCAGACCGAGCUCGGACUCGCCUUGGAAGAGGUCCGGGCCUUGCUUGGUGGAAGCUUGGCCCGAUAUUGGGACCCGACGCGGCAGAUCUGGUCAUUGGCCAAUGGCUCCAAGAUCGUCCAAGGUUACCCCAACUUUUCAUCCCGUCUUGACGAAUACAUACUAGUACUAUACUCCGGACGGGGGACAACGAACAAUGGACGAUGA